AUGUUUAAUCGAUCUCGCGACUCAAAAUCGGCUAAACAGCCACAAAAGAAUGAUAAUAAUGCUAAAGAAGAGUUUUGUCUCAUUCGUUGGUCAGAUACAUCUGGGUACGAUAUUCUAUCUCAACAGCAUGUUCAAGCUUCACCAGAUUCUAUUUUAAACUAUGAAACGUAUACCAUCGAAUUUAAUGGAAAAAAACGGAAAGGAGUUGUCAUUUUAAAAGGAACGAAACAAGAUUGUGAAAGACUUCAAUAUAACUUAGAUUCGUCAUCAAAUGCAACAGUAGCAAAACCCAAAAGACCAUCAACAUCCAAGACUAAGUCAUUAAAUAUGACUUCUUCAUCUGCUUCCGAUAUCCUUACCUAUGUAAAAGAAGACUCUAAAGAUAAACAUGGUGAAAGUACCAUUAGUAACCAAGCACUUAGAAGAAUCUUUCAAGUAAUACUUGCAAAUGGUGCUGGUAAGACUACUAGUGGAACUGAAGAAAUACACAAGGUACGCUGUGCAGCAUGUGAUACUCAUCCAAUUAGAAGUGAUCGUUACCAGUGUUUAAAUUGUGAUGACAUAGAUUUAUGUGGCCCUUGUUUCGAACGUCGAACAGAACCUGAAGAACAUAAAAGUGGACAUGCAUUUCUUCAUUACAAAUCGCCUGGUGAACUAUUUGGUCAACCGGUAACAAACGAUGACGUGACAUAUGCUAAACUCAAAAAAACAUAUGCUGAUGACAUUCACGAAUCGAUUACUUGCGAUGGAUGUAUGUCUCCGUCUGUUAAAGGCUUAAGAUUUAAAUGCGACAGUUGUGCAAACUAUGAUCUAUGUCAAAAAUGUGUCGAUAAUGGUACUACUACAAAAACACAUAAAUCUUCUCAUCCACUUGUUGUUACAGCGCGUCGAGCAAUUCAACAAAUUCCAGUAGAAGAUAUUAAACUUGGUGAUGAACUUGGAAGUGGUGCAUUUGGUUCUGUAUACAAAGCUCGAUGGUUAUCAAAGAAUCGCCCUGUUGCAUGUAAAGUAAUUACUAUUCCUCGAACAAGUGCUGCCGAAAGACUUGAAAAGAGCUUUAUGCAAGAAUUGAUUGCUUACUCAGAACUUUCAGGUGCUUAUAUACUCAAAAUGUAUGGAUUUACAGCAUCUCGAGUGGGUUCAAACAAAAGAUAUAUGCUUGUAAUGGAAUACAUGUCUCGUGGAAGUCUUUCCAGUGUUAUUAAAAAAGAAGGUGACAAAAUAUCUUUGCAACGUAAAGUUGACAUGGCAAGAAAUAUUGCUAGUGGAAUACGUAAAAUUCAUGAUCACCGUAUGAUUCACAGAGAUAUUCGACCAGACAAUAUUCUUGUUAAUGAAAAUUACUUAGCAAAAAUUGGUGAUUUUGGAAUUGCACGAGUGGUCGAUCCACUUAAUCAACAUACACAAAUUGGAUAUCAAUCGUAUAUGCCGCCAGAGUUUUACCAAGGUAGUUACGAUCAAAAACUCGAUAUUUUUACAUUUGGUUUAACGCUUAAUGAAUUAUUUACUUCAAAACAACAUUCAUUUCAAUCAUCUACUCAUAAAAUUGCAUUUCAAGAACAAAGUCCUAUCUUUGAUGAGUUAAUUGCUCGAUGCACACUUCAUCAUCCAGAGCGACGUCCAGCAGCAAUAGAAAUUGAAAAAACUCUGGAUUUAUAUAGUGCGGGUUUCGAUGAAAUUGUAGUUAAGAAACAUCCGGACUACAUGAAUUUAUCUAUAGAAGACAAAGAUGAAAUAUUUGUUGCAUUUUAUCAAAUGUUUCAUCCUGUAGCAACAGAAUUUAUUCGUAAAGAGUUUCCAACUGAGUUUCUUAAUGGAUCAGCAGAUGCACCUGGUGUGAAAGUCGACAAAUCAGCGAAUGAUGAAAUAAGCAUUGAAUGUCACAUGCAGUAA